GUUCCCCAGUUCAGAUCAGUCUGGUUGUGAAUGAGUUAACAUUAACUUAUAAACCUAAUAUAAACAUAAACGUAACGUGUUAUUGAACAAAGUCUUUGAACUAAACUUAUUCAAGACGUUGGAUUUCAGUAAAGCGUAAACCAUAAACAGGAAACAAGGACUAGGUAAAACCAUUCUUCUGACAUCAAUGUGACAAGGAAAGUGACAACACAAGUGCUGAUUUCUGACUGACUAUUGACAAUCAAGCAGUGUUUAUGGCUCAGUAUGACCAACUGGAGGAUAAAGACUCGCUGGAUAUUCAUGAUAACCCUCCAGCACCAGACAAUGUUGUAAAGGAGGAAGACAACACAGUGUAUUUUGUGUAUGAUGAAGAGGUCGAGGAAGAAGAAGCCCCUCCUCCUCCCACCCCUGAGCCGGUGCUCCAGGUCAACGAGAGACCACACAAAUUCAAGGACCACUACUGCAAGAAACCCAAGUUUUGUGACGUCUGCGCACGAAUGAUUGUUCUCAACAAUAAAUUUGCCUUGCGCUGCAAGAACUGCAAGACAAACAUUCACCACUCGUGCCAGUCAUAUGUGCAGUUCCAGAGAUGCUUCGGCAAAAUACCUCCUGGUUUCAGACGAGCAUACAGUUCUCCUCUGUAUGAUCAAGAGAUUAAUAACCCUGGUCAGCAGAACCGCACUGAUCCGGUGUUUGACACGCUUAGAGUGGGUGUGAUCAUGGCCAAUAAAGAGAGGAAGAAAGGCUCAGAGGACAAAAAGAAUAUGUUGAUGAUGAUGAUGGAAGAGGAGGAAGCUCAACAGCCAAAAGAAGAUGAAGAGAUUGUUGAGGGAAAACAAGAUGGAGAUAAGAAAGACAAGACAGCAGCAGAUGACAAAAAUAAGAAGCAGCAACAGACAUUCAGCCAGUCUUAUUAUCUGGCGCUGUAUCGCUUUAAAGCCAUCGAGAAAGAUGACUUGGACUUCCAUCCAGGAGAUCGUAUCACAGUCCUGGAUGACUCUAAUGAGGAAUGGUGGAGGGGUAAGAUUGGUGAUAAGACAGGCUACUUGCCCAUGACAUACAUCAUCAGGGUGCGUGCUGGCGAACGGGUGUAUAAAGUGACACGCUCCUUUGUGGGAAACAGAGAGAUGGGUCAGAUCACACUGAAGAAAGAUCAGAUUGUGGUGAAGAAAGGAGAGGAGGUGAAUGGGUAUCUGAAGGUGAGCACUGGACGAAAACUGGGCUUCUUCCCUGCUGACCUGCUACAAGAGAUCUGAAUGAACAUCAUCGUCUGAUGAAGAUUCAAUCAUGAGGGAAUAAUAAGAAGGAUGGACAGAGAAGGAGAAAUUAAGAUGACAACACCUGAUGUCAUAAGUGACAUCACAGAAACUCGUUAGCAUGAAUAUGUGUGUGAGACUAUGCAAUAAUAUAUUUAUUCAUUGAUUGUCAAUGUAUAGAUAUAGUUUUUGUUUAAAAAAAUGUUCAGACAUGUUAACUCUCUGAAAAAUUUAGCAUGUUAAUCUGGGUAUGACAUAUUGAUAGGAUAUUGGACUUGGUAGACUAUAUCUGCUACGCUGAUGCUGGACUUGCUACUUCUAGAACAUACACAGUCAUACAGAGUUAAGCAUGUGGAAAUUGUGCACAAUUAGACAAAAUGCAAGACAUGCCGCAUUGAGCAUGUAGGACAUGCUGCUACACAAAUCGACAUACAAUCCCCCAUAUUAGACAAGUGGAGCUGGGAUGGAGGUGGGUUUUAGAGAAAAUCUCACACAGAGUGCUGCAGUGAAACCAGCUUAUUUGCAAAACUAAGCUAUUUAAAUGUUAGACAAAGAGAGAAACAAGUAAACUGGUUACCCGAUUACAUGUCAAAGGACCAGUCAGCUUACUGAGUCGAUUGGCUUAACAUGUCACGUGAGCGAGCCGAUUGGCUAACAGAUUACAGCUUGCGCUACAUAGGGUCAUUUAUUAUUUUUGUUAAUGAUUGCCAAGCGAUUGCCAAAAAUGGACAUGAAAAAUAGUAUAUUAAACUUAAAUUAUUAGUAGUAUUAUAUUUUGCAUGUGUUUGACUAAACUUUUAAAUUUGCAGCAAAAAAUCUUCAAAAUUGUUAUAAAUUCACUGCUUCCACUACUCAUAUAUAUAGAUCUAGGUAAAUAUCUCAUUAUAGCACAAAUGUAAUACUUCAAAAUCUGUAUUUCUUCAAAUUUUGUGAAUUUUCCAGGCUCAAGGAUUCGUCUAUCCAAAUUUUGCCAAAUAAAAAAAGUAUUUCCUGUUCUGUUUUUGAACUAGAGUUUUAGGUGUAUGCAUGAUAAAAUUCACACAAGACAUGCCAACUUACAUAGGAAGAGAGUAGAGACUAUGAUAAGUGGCCAACCACAGUACAUACUGUACAGUAUUGUUUCUUAACUCUUAAGGGAAAGUCAGCCCUGUAUUAGCAUUUCUCAAACAAUUGAUUUUGAUUCUUCUUCACAAUAUUCUGCAAUUAAUUAAACCUGAUCUGCUUGACUUGCAGACACUAUUCAGACUUGGUUUUGUAGAUAAUUCCUGAAGUAAAAAGCAGUGCUUGCAAGAUAGCAAUAGAAUACUGUUAGGUAGGUUUAGGUUUUAAGCUUUAGUUCUAUGUAAAUAUGUGUACAAGAAUCAGCUCAUACAGUAAUACAACACCAAAUUUGCUAUAUAAAUGGCCUAUAGAUUAAAUACAAGAAAAGCAGUGUUGGGUAAACUACUCAAAAAAUACUAAUUACAUAUCUAAAAUUGUAAUUAGAUUAGUUUACUGUUUCCUUCACAAAGUAAACACAUUUCUAAUUACUGUAAUUUUAAGUUACUUUCUAAAACACUUUUCCCAGAAGUUUUUGCUUUUCUGCUCAACCAGUUCAAAAUAAUAUCUAUUUUUCCUCCUUGUUCAGUUGUUCGAAAACAACUCAUACAUUCAGCACCACACAUUUCUCCCUUACAAUGACUUGUUAGGGAGUGCAUGCUCAUCAAAUUAACAUAAUUCAUGUUUUAAAUGUAAUCUACAUAAAUGGAAUUAUUUUAGAAAUAUGUGAAACACAAGCAAUAUACUAAAAAGUCAAUCUAAUUGUAGUUAAGUCAGUAACUGUAAUCUAAUGACAAGAAUUUGAAAUGUAAUGUGCUACACUACUUUUUGACUGAAACGUAAUUAAUCAAUUACACCCCACAUAAAAGACAUGACCAAUCAAACCUCAGUAAGCAAAUAAAUGCAAGAAACAAGGCCAAUUUCAUAUCAGUAUGCAAAUUUAAAUAAUUAAAAGAAGACAACUUGGAACUUGCGUAUCCAUCAUAGCUUUGUUGAUUACAGCAAAAUAUUUAAUCACUUCAUUGAUUUAAUGAUCCAAUUCUAUAUCCAUCCAUCCUCUAUAGCCACUUGUCCUAUGUAAGGUCACAAGUAGUGCUAGAGCCUAUCCCUGAUGUCUCUUGACAAAUAUUUAAGGACAAAAAAAUUGCUCCAGGUAACAGUGGCUAUAAUAAAAUCACAUAUAAAAAAUAAAUAUGUCAUUUUGGUUCUUUAGAUGACAUUGGUUACAUUAUGAGUGCUGAAUCAAUGUCAAGAUUUUCAAAAUGUAGGCUUAUCUUAAACAACUAAUAAAAAGUUUACAAAUAACAAAAAUUAUCUACAGAAAUUACAUUACUGACAUACAGUUUGUAUGGAGUCUGUACAUAAGUGGUUCAGCCUGAAUUCAUGUAUAUAACAUGUUAAUUGUUUUUACAGUAGGUUACUGAAUUAGUUUAGAGAAAUAUGUUGAGAAAAAAUGUAUUCUACACAUCAGGGAAUAAAUAGGCAUAAUUAAUAAUCAUUUAAGUAUUUCAAAAUUAAAUAUAUCUGCAAGCAAGCAAUGGCAGACCCAAGCACAUCUGGUCCAUUUCCAAUCGAUGGCUUUCGGAAAACAAUGCAAGGUGGACACAUGCAUUUGGCAUUUGGCAUUAUUCUAAACAAUUUUGAAGCAAUUUGGGUAAAUAUAAGAGGACUAUUUUAAAGUCUAUUUUAAGAGCCACACUUCCUGCUGCCAGGUUGUGGCACUAUGACCGUGACCCAAAAGUCACAUCAAUGUGAUUAGCCCCCAAGGCUAAACAUAAAUCAAAAUUUUGAUCUAAAUCACACAUUGCACACAGAAGAAAUGAGACCCAUUUUUCACCAUUAAUUUAAUGUCUUGCCAUGGCAACACCGUUCGAUAUAUCAAAAAUCUGCUUACAAUUUAGCAUCUUCAAUAUCUUUGCAUAAUGUCUAAAUGUGUUGAUGUACAGAGCCACCCCACACGCCCAUGUGUGAACUUUUGCCCUGUGGCUGACGACUCUGAUGUAUGUGUAAAAUUUCAUGAAAUGUUAAGCAUGCCAAGUGUCUCAAAAACACCCAAAUAAAGGAAGAAAGG